AUGACGGUGGGAAUGUCAGGAGAGGCAAGGGACGAUGGUCGACUGUUGGAUUUGUUGGACUUGACGAUUCCUCCUCUGGAUGCCUCGGAGCGCAUCUCAUGGUAUCAAGAUGAUCAGGCGCUCGUCUCGCUCCAAAGCGUCCAGCGAUGGCUGCAUCGAUUCGAGAAGCAGACGGAUUCCUCUCAGCCUGGACCCUCGCACCGACCAUCUCAGCUUGGCAUUAUGGAACGUGGCAGCGUAAUAUUGGCAAUGGCGCGAUAUCUGGGCCCUCGUCCUGCCGGUGCGGAGGGAUGGGAUACGCAAGCGUGCAGGAACGUUGCUCGAGAGGUGCUGAGAUGCAAGAGCCUGGCAAUGUCACCGGGCGUGGGCAACGCUACUGAUGAGCGCGCAGAGACGGGGCUCAGCUCUCUCGAAUCCUUCACGACUCUCGUAUGCCCUCGAGACGUCGUGCUGGUGCUGCUGCAAGAGCUGCCUCAACUUUUGCCCAGCCCUCGAGGCAUCACUCCUGCCGGACGUGCGGCAAAUAUAACAAGCAAUGCUCCGGUAGUAGGCUCCGACGACUUUUACGAGGAGCCACGCAUCACCAUCAACAAUCACGCCAAUCAUCGAGUGCGCGGCUUGGCGCUGGGCGUGGGCGGCAUCGUUUGGAUCAUGGCGCACGCCGUCAUUGCUGCGUGCACGAGUGGCAGUGGCGCGAUGGCUCAAUCGCCUCGCGGGCACGCUACUGCACCUCCAGAUGACUAUAGCGCCACUUUCGCCCCAUCCCUCCUGCCAGCUCUCUUGGCUCUCAUAGGGGCACCUCAGCCCGCCAGCAGGCUAUCUGGCCUACAUGUCCUGCACGAGCUUCUACAAUCGCUUCCAGCUGUCGUCGCCCAUCUACAAAGAUCCGGUCUGCUUUCGCUGGUGCAGGAGCAUCUCGACAAUAGCAUGACCUACCUCUCCGAGCCGCUCGGCGCCGCUCUCUUGUUCAAAGCAGUGGAAGUCAUGGCGAUGCUGCCAGGGUGCCCAGAAAGCCAAGAUUGGGCGGCAGAAGCGGCAUUCGAGAGGAUCCAGAGAGCUUGGGCGUACGCUCCCACCUCGUUGUCGGAUCCCGAUAAUGCCGGAGGCGCUGGUCCCGAGCUACCACCUGGCAUGCCGAUGGACGGCAAAGAGCAAGCAGAUGUGCUGUGCGCGACCAUGGAAGCGCUUCACUUGCUUCUCGUGCCCGACAAUGCUGCCCGACGCCAACAUCUCGAAGUCGGAUCAAUCGCAAAAAGCCUUGGAUCGAGCCUGGAGUUCCUGAGCGUGCAAUUGUGCUUCGAACCAAGCUUUGCAGGGGCAGAUGCGGGUUGCGCAAGCUUGAAGACUAGCCAUCGAACUCGAACGCAAUUGGCGAGAGCAACUUUCGCGGCUCGUGCUAUUCGUCAGAUCUAUGCAAGGACCAGCCAGAGUGGCUCCGAUGGGGCUGUCGCCGAAGCAAGCGGGCGACCAAUUCCAUCGCCACCGGGUCUGGCAGUGUGGAGCCCUCGCGUGUUGACCAGUGCAGCGCGGUGUUGGGUCUGUUUGAGCGAGCUGGGUUGGGAUCGAAAGCAGUCAAUAGCGAAUGGCGUUGCGCUUCAUGAGUCGGGCGCGGAGGUGCAACAAGUUUGCGAGCUUCGUGAAGCUCUUGCUGCACUCGUCACCCAGCUGCGAGCCUCAGAACCCGAAUGGUCGAGCAGGUGUGUGCAGAGGUUGCUUGCCAUCGCACCAGAGUGUGCCAACCUCUUUGCGUAG